CGCGGGCAAACACAAGUCCCGCCCUAAAUUCCCUAUCCUCCCGUCCUUCCCAUCCACUCAUAUUCUGCUUACCUCCCUGCGACCCCCUGACGCCGCCCCGGCACCGCGUCAAUAAGUACUCGGAAAAACCUUUUACGCCUUCACAAACACGAAGGCUUUUUUCUUUCGCGGCAGCUGCCUAUACCAUUUUUUGCUAAUGGUCGUCGCCGUCCCUCCUUUCUUCUCAUCGUUAUCACCCCGCGUUCGCCCAUCGGCAUUAUCUCGAAGGAAUCAAUUAUCCUUCAACAAAACUUCUUCUUUGAGCCUUUUUUUACCCUUUGGACUUUACCAUACUGAGUUUAGAGAGUUUUUCCCUUUUGGGUUGAAGCAGAGGGCUCAUGGACCGGUGAUAUCAGCGAAAAAGUCAUCUAAAGGAUCAAAGCAAGAUUCGGAGAUGUACAAGCACACCAUUGAUCUUCCAAAGACCACUUUUGGAAUGCGGGCAAAUUCGAUAGUAAGGGAGCCUGAGAUUCAAAAAUUUUGGGAGGACAAUGAUGUCUUCAAACGGGUCGCUGAGAAGAAUACAGGGGAAACUUUCAUUCUACAUGACGGGCCGCCAUAUGCUAAUGGAAAGUUGCACAUGGGACACGCUCUGAACAAGAUUUUGAAGGAUAUUAUAAAUCGUUAUAAGCUUCUUCAAAAUUAUAAAGUCCAAUUUAUUCCAGGUUGGGAUUGCCAUGGUCUUCCAAUAGAGUUAAAAGUAUUACAGUCAAUGGAUCAAGCUGCUCGGAAGGACUUGACACCACUAACAUUGAGGGAACUUGCUGCCAAAUUUGCAAAAGAAACCGUUGAUGUUCAAAUGAAGUCUUUUAAGCGUUAUGGGGUGUGGGCAGACUGGAGUGAUCCUUAUUUAACACUUUUUCCAGAAUAUGAAGCUGCACAGAUAGAAGUAUUUGGUCAGAUGGCUACUAAAGGAUACAUCUAUAGAGGUCGGAAGCCUGUCCAUUGGAGCCCAUCCUCCCAUACGGCGCUUGCUGAGGCAGAGCUAGAGUAUCCGGAUGGCCAUGUAUCUAAGAGCAUUUAUGCUAUUUUUAAGAUGGUUAGCACGUCUUCUAUUUCUCAUGACGUUUUGAAAGAAUUUCUUUCAAACCUGUGCUUAGCAAUAUGGACAACUACUCCUUGGACCAUCCCAGCAAAUGCUGCUGUGGCAGUUAAUCCUGGACUUGUUUAUGCUGUGGCUGAGGUACAUUCAGUCAUUGAGGACACAUCGUCAUCGCUUGGAAAGCGAACAAAGUUGAGAAGCAUAUUGAAAAAUGAAGAAAAAAAGCCAUUCAUCAUUAUAGCAUCUGAUCUCGUUCCUGCACUUGAAUCAAAGUGGGGGGUGAAGCUUGUUAUCAAGAAAACUUUUCUUGGGGCAGCUCUUGAAAACUGCAGGUACCUUCACCCUUUGGAUGGGAAGGAAUGCCCUGUUGUGAUGGGGGGAGACUACAUCAAUACAGAGUCAGGAACUGGACUUGUUCAUACAGCUCCUGGUCAUGGUCUGGAGGACUAUAUGACUGGUUUAAAAUAUGGGCUAUCAAUACUUUCUCCUGUUGAUGACAGUGGAAAUUUUACUGAAGAAGCAGGACAGUUCAAUGGUUUGAAUGUAUUAGGGGAUGGUAAUGUUGCUGUUGUUAAGUAUCUUGAUGACAAUAUGUUGCUUAUUCUAGAAGAACCUUAUAAACACAAGUACCCAUAUGAUUGGAGAACAAAGAAACCGACAAUAUUUAGAGCUACCGAGCAGUGGUUUGCUUCUGUUGUUGGGUUCAGGCAGGCUGCUAUGGAUGCAAUUAACAUGGUCAAUUGGAUUCCUCCUCAGGCAGAGAAUAGAAUAAAUGCCAUGACAGCCAGUCGUUCUGAUUGGUGCAUUUCAAGACAACGAAUUUGGGGUGUUCCUAUCCCAGUUUUUUAUCAUGUUGACACAAAAGAGCCAUUGAUCACAGAAGAGACUAUCUCUCACAUUAAGGCUAUAAUUUCCAAGAAAGGUAGUGAUGCAUGGUGGUACAUGUCAAAUGAAGAGCUUCUCCCUGAAAAAUUUCGUAGCAAUGCAUCAAAAUAUCAAAAGGGAACUGAUACAAUGGAUGUUUGGUUUGAUUCUGGAUCAUCUUGGGCCGCAGUCCUAGGGAAAAGAGAAGGUCUGAGUUUACCUGCAGACCUGUAUCUGGAAGGCACAGACCAACACCGGGGUUGGUUCCAGAGUUCUUUGCUUACAAGCGUUGCUACAACAGGCAAGCCUCCCUAUUCUUGUGUUGUCACACAUGGGUUCGUGUUGGACGAGAAGGGCCUAAAAAUGAGCAAGUCUCUUGGUAAUGUUGUUGAUCCUGAAAUUAUCAUUUCAGGAGGACUGAACAUCAAGGAUGAGCCUAGCUAUGGAGCUGAUGUUCUCCGCCUUUGGGUAUCUAGCGUUGAUUAUACCGGGGAUGUAUUGAUUGGUCCUCAGAUACUUCGUCAGAUGUCUGAUGUAUACAGAAAGUUUCGAGGAACACUUAGAUAUCUUCUAUCAAAUCUCCAUGAUUGGAAUCCAGGAAAUUCCAUUGCUUAUGAUGAUCUCCCCAAGAUUGAUCAACAUGCAAUGUUCCAGCUUGAAAAUGUUGUAAAAAUAGUUGAGGAUUGUUAUGAUAAGUAUCAGUUCUACAAGAUAUUCCAGAUUCUUCAACGGUUUGCGAUUGUUGACCUUUCAAACUUCUACUUUGAUAUCGCUAAAGAUCGUCUAUAUGUGGGAGGUUCUGGCAGUUUUACAAGGCGGAGUUGCCAAACAGUUCUUGCUGCUCAUUUUUUUUCAAUCAUUCGAAUGAUUGCUCCAAUCAUGCCACAUCUGGCUGAAGAUGCUUGGCAAAAUCUUCCAUUUGAGCAUGUACUGGAUAAUGGUUCUGUUGCCAGAUCUGUUUUUGAUCUAAGGUGGUCGGAUCUAAAUGAGAGAUGGCUUUCAAUGCCAGCUUCCGAUGCAGAUUUCUGGACUUCGAUUCUUGAGCUGAGAAAUGAGGUUAAUAAAGUUCUUGAGGUUGCUCGUGGAGAGAAGCUAAUUGGCUCUAGCUUAGAAGCAAAGGUUUACCUCCAUACUUCUGAUGCAGCUACUAACUCCCGGCUACAGGAAAUGUGUGGGGCUAUGCACGAGGCAGAUUCUUUGCAUCGUAUAUUUAUAACAUCACAGGUUGAGGUUUUGCGGUGCCUUGACGAAGUGUCGCAAACCGUCCAAUAUAAUGGAUCAUACAUCAGUCAGGCAAAUAUUGAGAUUUGGAUUGGUGUUAGUCUUGCUGAUGGCCUGAAAUGUGAGAGAUGCUGGAACUAUUCUUCUAAUGUUGGUAUGUUUUCUGAGCACCCAACUCUUUGCUCUCGCUGUUUCACAGUGAUCGGUGACAUCCAACCACUUAAAGCGUCAGCUCAGGUUUGCUGAGUUUCCUCCAAGUGUAGAAAGUAUGCUUGAAUUCGUCUGCAUCAUCUUUCUAAUCUUAAUUAUUUAAGGUCGGUUUUAUGAAUCUCAUUCUUCAUAAAUUUUUGUAAAGGUAAAUUAUGCAUUGCUUGUAUGGUUAGUAUUUUUUAAUUAAUUAUGAGAUUCAAAGCUUAAUAAGCAUGUAAAAAAUAAGAAUGAUAGGAUAUAGAAUAUUUAACGGUAGAGAAAAGUAUAUGUGAUUUCUUAUUGUACUUGAGUGUCAGAAUCUGCCGAUUGAUUAUUGGCGUUUGUAAUCUUGAAGGGAUGAUUGUAUUGUAACGGGAUGUUAUUGAUGUCUAAUUUAA